AGGGCUGCUGUUUUCUGUGUGCCACCAGGGCCCAGCAAAGGGAAUGUAGGGAGGGUGGGAGGUGCAGGGCAGCUGGGGUUAGGGGCUGAGGGCUGGGUGUUGGAGGCUGGAUCCUGCUUUAAUGGAAGUGUCCCUUUAACAGCAGCUGGCCUGGCCUGGCUCGGGCCCUGCUUUGCCUCCUGUUCAGCUGUGGCUGCAGCUGCCAUGCUGACUCAUGUGUCCGCAGCUAGCAGGAGCUGGCAGCAUGGGCUCCCCAGGGGCCACAGCAGGCUGGGGGCUUCUGGAUUAUAAGACGGAGAAGUAUGUGAUGACCAGGAACUGGCGGGUGGGCGCCCUGCAGAGGCUGCUGCAGUUUGGGAUCGUGUUCUAUGUGGUAGGGUGGGCUCUCCUCGCCAAAAAAGGCUACCAGGAGCGGGACCUGGAACCCCAGAUUUCCAUCACAACCAAACUCAAAGGGGUUUCCGUGACUCAGAUCAAGGAGCUUGGAAACCGGCUGUGGGAUGUGGCCGACUUCGUGAAGCCGCCUCAGAUACAGGGUCUUGCUACGUUGCCCACGCUGGAGUGAAGAGGCUAUUCACAGGGUCUGACUAUCACCCAAGCUGGAGUGCAGUGGCACAAACAUGCCUCACUGCAACCUCAACCUCCCAGGCUCAAGAAAUCCUUCCACCUCAACACCACCCCCAACUCCCAGUAGCUGAGACCACAGGCACAUGCCACCAUGCCCAGAUAAUUUUUUUACCUUUUCAUAGAGGUGAGGUCUCCCUAUGUUACCCACGCAAAAUACCCAAGUAUUUUGGCUAUUCUGGAUCCCUUGCAUUUCCAUAUGAAUUUUUUGUUUUUUGUUUUUUGGGUUUUUUUUUUGAGACAGAGUCUCGCUCUGUCACCCACGCUGGAGUGCAAUGGCGCCAUCUCAGCUCAUUGCAACCUCUGCCUCCCAGGUUCAAGCGAUUCUCCUGCCUCAGCCUCCCAAGUAGCUGCGAUUACAGGCACCCACCACUUAUUUUAAUUUAUUUAUUUAGUAGUUUUGGAGACAGGGUCUUGCUUUGCCACCUAGGCUGAAGUGCAGUGACAGGAUCAUAGCUCACUGCAGCCUCAGACUCCUGGGUUCAAGCGAUCCUCUCGCCUCAGCCUCCCAAAGUGAUGGGAUUACAGGUGUGAGCCACUGGGCCUAGCCAAAUACUGUAUUUUUGAUCGACAUUUGGUUGAAAAAUAUCUAUGUAUUAGUAAACCUGUGUUGUUCAAGAGUCCACUGUGUUUUGCUGGGGAUUUCUACAUCUAUAUUCAUAAGGGAUUUUGGUCUGUGGUUUUCUUUUCUUGUGAUGUCUUUGUUGAGUUUAGUGUCAGGGUAAUCCUGGCCUUGUAGAAUGAGUUAGAAAGUUUUUGUUUCCUGGUGGUUUGUCUUCACUGCAUCACUGUGGGGUUGCUCUGUGUAACUGUCUCACUCAGUAGUGAGUGAAAUAUCCCUGGAAAUGUACAAUUUACUGCAUCAGCCCUGCUUAGUCUCACAUAUCCGUUGUAUGUUGGUGCCUGUGGCAGAGGGUGUGGUGUCACACCUCCAGGUAGAUAAAAAGUCAACACUCCAAAACACUGGACACCAGCAAUAAGGCGGUCAUUCAUUGGUAAGGCCUUUGGGGAGCUCCCAUUACAAAUCUGCCUAACCCUCUGGCCUGAAGUGCCUAGACUUUUGUGGUGACAUUUCAGGACAAGGGACGUCUGCUCAGGCAACACAGGGAUGGGGUAAGGAAGCUACCAUCCCACCGGAAGUGGGAGCCAUCUGAGAAGUUCCUCAAGACAAUACCAGCCAAAUAUUAGAAGGUAUUGGCAUUCUGGCUGAGGCAGAAUGUUCCAAAUUGGCACCAUCUUGUCUGGGAGUCCAUCAUCCUGUCACCAGCCCAAUAGGCUGGAUAGGCUGCAGAUGCUCCUAAGAUUCCAUUCCACAAACCACAUAUAAGCCUGAACACAUAUCUAGUAUAGCGUUCUGGGGAGGCCAGGAGCCAUGGUUCAUGAAUGUAAUCACAGCCUUUUGGGAGGCCAAGGCAAGAAAAUCGCUUGAGUCCAGGAGUUCGAGACCAGCCCGGGCAGCAUAGUGAGACCCAGUCUCUAAAAAAAUUAAAAUUAAAAAAUUAGCCAGGUGUAUUGUUGCAUAGCUGCCUGCCUGGGGCGUGGGGCACUGGAAUUCAGUACUCAGGACACAGUGGCUGUCGCUGAUAAACACAAGUGGGGAUCUGCUAUUGGGGUCCCAUAGGGCCCUCCCGGCCUG